UUAAGAAUAAAUUGUUGAAAUAGGUGGAGUAUGACUUUGUGUCUGUGGUAACGACCCUUGCAUUUCGAUGUAAACAAUUUACUAAGCAUUUCUCAUUCCGCGCACCUAGUUACCUGUGCUGUAUUUGAGGUUAUUUUCCUGUGAAAAACAGUAAACAAUGAAGAAAUUUUUCGAGGACAUAAAGAAAGAUAUCAAAUUCAAGUCAGCGGGGCCAGGAAAGAAACUCGCAGAAGGCGGCAGGUAAACAAACUUUUCUAGCGAACUAGCAAGCUAACGUAGCCAGCUAACUGCUAUGCUCAUGCUGUUGACAGUUCAGUUGUUGAAAAGCUGGUUAUAUCGACACUGCUAGUGUAUGGUAUGUCUGAUCCGUAGAGUUGCCUUCCCCGUGACUUGGAUGGGCUCCGUUAUGUUUGCUUUUCUAAUGUUCAGGACGGUGCAUCGUCAUUACAUUAUCCUGGUUUACGGGACCCACGUGACCACACAGCGAGGAAGACAUAGUCAGGAAUUUGAGUACUUUAUAAUUAAAUUCUAAUUUAAUAGGGUCAGUGCUCUCCGGAUCCUUGGGACGACCCUACCAUAACCAUUUAAAAUGUGGCACGGACCAAUUUAAUAGGAUCUCAAUGGAGGAAGAGCUGUGACUCACUGGUCUGGAAAGGAGGCCGUUUGUUAAUGUGAUAUUCUCUCAGAAAUGGAGCCGACUCAUUGAUUGGUUCUCUCAAAAGUUUUUUUUCCUGGGGGGUUGAGACCAAAAGAGAAUAUUUAUAUGUUUGAGUACUCUCGUUUGGAUUUGAAAAUUCAACAGUUGUAAUGGAAGUGGGCAGCUCUCGGGGGCUGUGGGUGUUUGAGUGAGAAUAACCUAACCUAUUAGACAUAAAAUAAAGACACGUGGAGUGAGAAAGACCCAGAGGAGAACCAACCAGUAAAAGCACAGCCCCCUUCAUUAUCAACGCAUCGUGCCAAUAAAUCAAAACAGCCUUUCCAGACUCUGAAGUCAGGAGGACUUUGAGUUUGGUAUCAGCCAGACUACUUCACCAUAGCCUGUUCUAUUCAAUGCAAACCCUUGUGAUUGUAGCUAGCUAGCCAUAUAACUUUAUACAUCACAGCUUGCAGUGUAAGUGCAGUCAAAUCGUGAACGUGUCCCAUUCUGUUCCCUGCAGCUCCAAGCCCCGAGUGGUGCAGAGCACUGGCCCUGCCAAGCCCCGUCAUGCUGCUCCCACUGAAGGAGCUCAGAAGGCAGGGGCUGCAGCCCUGGCCAGGAUCGAGGGGCAACCACGCCCACGGGUACAAACCUCACAGGAUGCCAUCCGGCUCCAGGGUGAGAUGGAUACCUAUGCAUCCAACAACUGCUGCUUGAAUGACUGAUGAUGUUGUCAAAACUGUGCAGGUGUUUCACAGCAGUGGUCAGAAAUAGAGAAUUGGUUUGUGGGUUAAUGGUCUUUCUUUAUUUAUCACUCCACAGUGAAAAGAGAGCUUGAGGCAGAAGCUGCAGCAGUAGCAGCGACUGAGAAGGAAAAGACAACAGCUGUUGAGGCAAGGAAUACAUUACAUGAAUGAAUUUUCCCUUACUGUUGCUCACAUACAAAUGAAUUGUGCCACUACUGCCAUUGAGUUGUUAUUUACAGCUAGUAUGUGUCAUCUUUUGCAGGGCUCCAGUGUUAAGGAUCUGGCAUUUCUCUCAGUAACAGGUGUGUAUUUCACCUGCCCACUUACUGGAGCCACCUUAACUAAGAGCGAGAGAGAAGUGCGCAUUAAAGAGGCCAUUUUCAUGGUAGGUCUGAAAGUGAUUCUUCUUUUUAAAGUCAUAUGAUGUCAUGAUUGCAUGAUAAUCAUGAUUGCAUUAUCUGAUAUUGACUAACAUGAAGAAUUGAUGUAAAAAGCCUUAGCACUAAUAUUCCCCAAACCCUUUUUCAUUAGUAUGGUCCUGACUGAGUACACAUGAUAACCCUUGUCUUGUCCAACAGCGGUUUGAAGAGGAUGCAGUGGAGGCUUCCAUUAUGAUGGUUUAUACCUUCAACAAGGACAGGGAGAAAGUCAAGGCUGCAGUGGACAUCAUAAGCAAGUGAGAAACAGAGGGGAAUGGAACUGUCCUAUUAUGCAGGGUUUCCCAAACUCUGUCCUAGGGCCCCCCAUGUGUGUACGUUUUGAUUUUUGCCCUAGCAUUUCACAGCUGAUUCAAAUAACCAACUCAUCAUCAAGCUUUGAUUAUUUGAAUCAGCUGUGUAGUGCUAGGGCAAAAACCAAAACGUACACACAGGGGGGAGGCCAGGACUGAGUUAGGGAAACCCUGCAUAAUGUGUGAUUUACAUUGUCCUGUUGACAAUAGUUCAUUCGAUGAGUGUCCUGACACCCCAUCAUUUUCACCCAUCUUGUCAGGUACAUUGAAAACAUCUGUAAGAACCCCACAGAGGAGAAGUACAGGAAGAUCAAACUCAGUAACAAGGUGUUCCAGGUAAAUUUGAGACAUGAGGGUAAUGUGAGACUCAAUGUUUUCUGUCGGUGUGGUCCAUUCACCUCUCUCUCUCUCUCUCUCCUUAGGAGAAGGUGAAGACUGUGGAGGGCAGUCGUGAGUUCUUGCAGGCUGUGGGCUUUCAGAGCAUCAUGCUGGAUGUGGAGGGACAGGGUAAACCUAUCCAAAUGCACAAUCUGUGCUUCCCAUAGUCUGUGUGGCCUAGUAUGUUUCUGCAGAGGCAUACUAUAGGGCAGCGAUUCUCAACUGGUGGGUCGCGGGAGGUUUUGAAUGAGUGUCUGAGUAUUUUUUUUAAAUACACUAUAUAUACAAAAGUAUGUGGAAACCUCUUCAAAUUUGUGGAUUCGGCUAUUUCAGCCACACCUGUUGCUGAUGGGUGUAUAAAAUCGAGCACACAGCCACGCAAUAUCCAUAGACAAACAUUGGCAGUAAAAUGGCCUUACUGAAGAGCUCAGUGACUUUCAACAUGGCACCGUCAUAGGAUGCCACCUUUCCAACAAGUCAGUUUGUCAAAUUUCUGCCCUGCUAGAGCUGCCCCGGUCAACUGAAAGUGCUGUUAUUGUGAUGUGGAAACGUCUAGGAGCAACAACGGCUCAGCCGCGAAGUGGUAGGCCACACAAGCUCACAGAACGGGACCACCGAGUGCUGUAGCGCCUAAAAAUCGCCUGUCCUCGGUUUCAACACUCACUACCGAGUUCCAAACUGCCUCUGAAAGCAAUGUCAGCACAAGAACUGUUCGUCGGGAGCUUCAUGAAAUGGGUUUCCAUGGCCGAGCAGCCGCACACAAGCCUAAGAUCACCAUGCGUUGGCUGGAGUGGUGUAAAGCUCGCCACCACUGGACUCUGGAGCAGUGGAAACGCGUUUUCUGGAGUGAUGAAUCACGCUUCACCAUCUGGCAGUCCGAUCGAUAAAUCUGGGUUUGGCGGAUACCGGGAGAACGCUACCUGCCGGAACGCAUAGUGCCAACUGUAAAGUUUGGUGUAGGAGGAAUAAUGAUCUGGGGCUGUUUUUUCAUGGUUCGGGCUAGGUCCCUUCGUUCCAGUGAAGGGAAAUCUUAACGCUAUAGCAUACAAUGACAUUCUAGACGAUUCUGGACUUCCAACUUUAUGGCAACAGUUCUGGGGAAGGCCCUUUCCUGUUUCAGCAUGACAAUGUUCCCGUGCACAAAGCGAGGUCCAUACAGGAAUGGUUUGUCGAGAUCGGGGUGGAAGAACUUGACUGGCCUGCACAGAGCCCUGACCUCAACCCCAUCGAACACCUUUGGGAUGAAUUGGAAUGCCAACUGCGGGCCUAAUCGCCCAACAUCAGUGCCCGACCUCACUAAUGCUCUUGUGGCAGAACAUUCUUUCUCACAGUGUUUUCAAUAUAGAGGAAAUAGCUGCAAUAUUUACUGGAUUUGGUUGAUUUUGUGGUCUCAAACCACUGAACUUAACAUUCUUCAUCAAGAAUAUGGGCAAAAUGGAAUUAUUGACAAUGAAAAAGGUGGGACUGUUGUUCCCUUGUCAUAUCAUUGUUACAUUUACUAUCAAUAUAGCAUUAAAAAUAGUUUUCCACAUUGCAUCUUUGACAACAACAAAAAAGUGACACGAAUAUUGGAUCGCGACAGAGACAACCUGGUUCAAUUUGGGUCCCGAUGUAAAGCCAGUUGAGAACCACUGCUAUAGGUGUUACCCGGGGUAAUAAUUUGCUGAUUUAUCUUGCCUUCCCAGAGGAGAGUGAAGAGUUCCUGGUGCUGAUGGAGCAUGACCCGGAGGCCCUGGAGGUGAUGAAGGAGAGUAGGGACCGGCUGCAAAGGGGAGAACCAGUCAGAGCCCAGCUGGACCGCCAGCCCCAGGCCUUCAGACCCUCCCCCAAUGCCAUGCGCUUCGAACUACCCCCAGAGUUCUACAACCUCACUGCAGAGGAGCUCAAGAGGGAGCAGCAGCAAAAGUAUGGACUCACUGAUGGCACUGAUUCUCUGAUAAGAAUUGUAUUUGUUAUUGUGUUAAAUGAUUACUGUACCAGUAUUUAAGUGUGAGUAGGGUACACUCCGUUAGUGCACAUGAUAUGUGUAUUAUUGUUGGGUGAUUUGUUCCAGUUAUGACUAUUGUGUGUGUGUAAGAUAAAGUCAUGGUGGUUGUGUGUGGUAUUCAGGAGCGAGGCGGUGGAUAAGAACGCCAUGCUGCGUACCAAGGCCAUGCGGGAGAGAGAGGAGCAGAGGGAGAGGAGGAAAUACAACUACACCCUGCUGAGAAUACGACUGCCUGAUGGAAACAUACUGCAGGGUCUGUAUCUGUCAGCAAACACCUACUUUAAUGUGAUAAGCAGAUGUAUAAACAUGAGCAAAGAAUGUUUCUGGUUUCUAACAGCUGGUGUACUGUAGGUAUUCACCAGUCAAAUGCAUUGGGGCGCUUAUAACUUGUUGACACUGACAAUCAUUCUUAGAUACAUUUGGCAGGACUCGUAGCUCUGCAAAUCUUAAUUGCACAAAACCCAAACUACGCUACAAUAUAACUUCCAUGGUCCGUUGGCGAGAAUCAGCUUGAACAAAGUGAGGUAUACAAUCACUGAUUUACAAAUAGUAUUCCUGCCAAAUAAUAGGUUUUGUGCGAUUUAAGAUUUGCAGAGUUACGCGUCCCGUGGCUUAGGCGAUUCCCCCCACCAAACUCUCACACACAACCAGACAUUGAUUGAUUGGAGACCACUUGGAACAAUUACAGAACAUUUCGUAGGAUUUCCUACCUGCAGCAACACUAGUGGAAAUGCUGUAAAUACCGGUAAAAGCACAGCUUUACUUAUCACACAUUAUGCCCUUCAGGCACCUUCCUGGCCUGGGACAAGGUGUCUGUGCUCUUCCAGUUUGUGCGGGACUCCCUGGUGGACGGCUGGCAGCCCUUUGAGCUGGUGGCGCCUGGAGGACACAAACUCAGAGAGGACCAAGAGGUGGCCCUGAAUGAAUGUAGCCUGGUAAGCAGAGACACACGGAUAGUAUUGUCAGAAAUGUAAAUAUCAGGCAAAAUAAGCAAUGCAAUCCAUUUACUUUUGUUGUACAAAGGUGCUGACUAAUGUCUCUCUCUUGGAGGUCCCUGCGGUUCUGCUGACAUUUUCUUGGAAUGCCGCAGUGCAAGCGGACAUUGCUGCCGCCGGUGGAAAGGGUCCUGCACUCCUCAAGCCAGAGCUACUGGAGAAUAUUCGGACCCUUGGCUGAACUGUCCCUGCGUCUCCUAUCCUCGUCCUACCACCUUCCUGAGCCUCCACCUCCUAACCUCCCUCCUUCCCAGGUUGGAGAUGACACCUUCAUCCCCAAACCACAUUUCAAAGGCUGUAGAAAUACACUACUAAUCCUUUAAAGGAAAUACUAACAGGGGUUUCUAAGAGGAGACAUAAUGCCAUGCAGUGUUUUUUGUAUUGUACUCUGAAUGUAGGAUGAGGAUCUGAAACGACUACCCUUACCCUGACACCUAUGAUUAAGCAAUCAGAGCUCAGCAUGGUAUGAGAUCUUGUUGUCAGUGUCACCCUUCUGCUCCGCUUCAACAUGCAUCCUGCUUACACAACAAAUACGCUCAUAGAUAUACUAGCUUUACAUGUACGAGCGAAUGGGUGGUUGAGACCAGACUGGUUGUCUAGUGGUAAGGGUUCGGUUGCUGCUUUUGUGAGCCAGACCAGCUGUGUACCACAAUGUAUAAUGGAUAAGCUAUUUUAUUUAAGACAGAACUUGUAAUAUUGUAUUGGAAAUCACUUGCACUUUAAGGUUGCAGCAGCAAGCAUUUCAAAUGAUGUACAUUAAAAGUGAAGGUUACUGGACAGAGCUCCUUAUGUUUAAGUUCCCUUUGUUAUUGAAUAUGAGGGAAAAAAUUAGGGUUUUGUCACAGCAGUCAUUCAAUUGAGUAAUUUCCUAUUUUAAUUAUAUUUCUAAAUUAUCAAGAAUGUUAUUUGAUUUCAGCAGAAUGGAAAUCUGUGAUAGUGGUGGUUGUUUGUUUUUGGAUGGUUUGUACUGUAUGAGACCAACAAUGAAAGGACAUACACACAACAUGGUGACAAAAUGAGCUGAGGUUUAUCCCCUAGUCUUUAGCCUGGUGGUAGCUGGAAUGACAACAACCUACCUCUACUCACAGCA